AUGGAGCUAAUGUUACAAACCUUGAGUAUCUUUUUUGGAUCUCCAUGGAUGGUUUUGUUGUCCUGUCUCAAUGCUACUUUCACAAAGUCUGUAUCUGCUAGUACGCUUGGUUUGAAAACCUCUAAACAGGUGUGGGAUUAUCUGUGUAAAUCACUUCUACACCGUCAAUUGUACUCUAUUAAACAGGGUAAUACUUCUAUCUCUGAGUUCCUACGGUCUGUUAAAGAAAUUGUAGAUAAUCUAGCAGCUGAUGAAGAUAUUGUUUUACAUGUCUUAAAUGGUCUAAACUCUAAGUUUGAUCAUUUUGUGGUUACUGCUCAACAUCAUGAGACACAAUGUAAGUUUCAUGAGCUGAGAUCUAAAUUGCUUCAUCAUGAAAAAUGGCUCCAAAGUAAAUCUCAUGACUCAUAUGUGAUGCUUGAGUCUACUAAUGCACCCUCUGCUUUCUUUUCCAAGAAAUUUGGUGGUUAUAAGAAUCAACAUAAUGGGUCAUCUUAA